AUGGCGUCUAGUACUCUUUUUCACGUCUUCCUCUGUAUCCUUUCGUUUGCUUCCUCAGUCUUGGCAGCCUUCGGCGUCACCGCUUCAGGCAGCAACUUGGUCAUCGAUGCCGGCUCAUCCAACCCCCUCGUCUUCCAGGUUUCCAAGUCGAGCUGUGAUAUCAACUCCAUCAGAUACCGCGGCCAUGAGCUUCAGUAUGCGAGCAAGGGCAGCCACAUCAGCUCUGGCCUCGGCUCCGCUACCGUUGAGGCGACCACCCUCACUGUGAGUACUGGCAUCAGGGUCAUUAAGGUGACCUGCACCACGUCGACCCUGACCCACUACCUUAUCGUCAAGGAGGGUGACUCCAGCAUCUAUAUGGCAACCUAUAUCACUGCUGAACCAUCAGUCGGCGAGCUUCGCUGGAUCUCGCGUCUCAACAAAGAUAUCCUCCCCAAUGAAUAUCCCUUUGGCACCGCCUCCACUACCGCUGGCUCAACGGCGGUGGUAGAGGGUUCCGAUGUCUUCGUCGUCAAUGGCCAGACCCGGUCCAAAUUUUAUUCAAGCGAACGGUUUAUUGACGACAAGGUACGUUGCGUCUACGGCACCAGCCCCGAAGAGAUUCAUGUAUGCGUGUCCGUCGAGCCCAAGACCGGCUUCGAGCUGUCCUCUGGUGGCCCCUUUUUCCGUGACAUCAACACCAACAACGCAGGCGACUCCACCAACCUCUACAACUAUAUGAACAGUGGGCACGCCCAGACCGAGUACUACCGAAUGGGUCUGCACGGCCCUUACGUACAGUCCUUCUCCCGCUCCGGCAUCCCCAAUAAUUUCAACUACGCUUUCUAUAGCGAGCUGGGCCUCAAGGGCUUCGUCGCCAGUUCUGGCCGUGGCACUGUUUCUGGUACGGCCUCCGGCAUCGCCGGCAACUUCCAACGUGUUGUCCACUGGUAUAAUGCCGACGCUCAGUAUUGGACCAACGCCUCUUCCACUGGCGCCUUCACCUCACCUCUGAUGAAGCCCGGCACCUACACUAUGGUUCUCUACCAGACCGAGUUCAAGGUCGCCACAAGCUCCGUCACUGUCACCGCCGGCAAGAGCACCACCGCCAACAUCGCAAGCGGCUUGACCUCCCGUACCAGCCUCUGGAAGAUUGGUGAGUACGACGGCCAGCCGACCGGCUUCCGCAACGCCGACAAGCAGCUCCGCAUGCACCCCUCUGAUAGCCGCAUGAGCAGCUGGGGCCCCCUUACCUACACUGUCGGCUCCUCCUCUGCUACCGACUUCCCCAUGGCCGUUUUCACCGCCGUAAACAACCCCGUAACCAUAAAGUUUACCCUCGCCUCUGUUCCCGGCGCCGCCACCCUCCGUAUCGCCACCACCCUUGCAUUCGGCGGUGGUCGUCCCCAGGCCAAGGUGAAUAACUGGACCGGGCCUGCACCUGCUGCGCCAACCAAGAUUGACUCUCGUGGAAUCACUCGUGGUGCUUAUCGUGGUUUCGGCGAGGUUUACGAUGUCAGUAUUCCAGCCGGUACACUCGUUGUUGGAGCCAACAUUAUCACUUUAUCCGUCAUAUCUGGUAGCAGUGGCGCAGAUUAUCUGAGCCCCAGUGUUGUAAGUUCAUCUAUCAAGCACCAUUCGAAGACAAUAUAUUCUGACCAUCGGCUAGAUCUUUGA